AUGUCAAGUGUGAAACUAAGCCCGGCUGGAUCGGGUGCUGCCUGGGACCUGCACCAGGGCGGCGGUCGGUUCCCAACCUCCGACUGGAAAUUGAGAUCAAGUCCAGACGCGUUUCCAGGACUGCGGCUCCCGGGCAGGGGCCUCGGACCAGCAGCCAAGAUGUGCCCAGUAGGGAAAGUGACCCGGAAACCCAACGGCAAAGUCUACCAGCAGAUCUUCGAGGCUGAGGUGCAGCUGGUUCAAUCCUUGGCAGUCACCAGGAAGCAGACUGCAGAGUGUUCUGUGACCCCCAAGCAUGUCAAGACACCUAUGAUGAAGAAAGUGGAGGUUCCUGAAGGGGAAACAAUGACACCUCGGCAGAGGAAGUGGGUGCACAGCCUCCCCAAUGACUGGGUCACGGAAAACCCUGUUCUCUAUAGGGAAAAGGAAAGAGCCAGGAAAGAAAAAGCGCGGGAGACUGAGAACACGAUUGCUGCCCAGGAAGUGCAGGGCCUCAUGGACAAUGUGGUUCCUGAAAAGAUCAGCACCGCCAACCUUCAAGUGCAGGAAGAGCACAAGAGGAAGAAGUACCGGAAGGCACUGGCAAGCUUCCAGGAGGAGAUCUCGGAAAUCGGGAUGGAGAUGGAACCUCUUAUCUUAGAGAAAAGCGGACUUCUUUUGAAAAAGCUAUCCAAGUCCAACGAAGAGGUUGACCAGCUUUUCAGAACAGUGGAAGGUGAAACCAACCUUGAGCGCUACACUAUUGAUACCCUGUUGGAGCUGUGGAAUGAGGUGGCCAAUAUAUUCCUGCAGCAGAAGCAAGAGAUUAAGGACCUAGACCAAUCACUGCUGUCCCUGGAGGUCUGCCGAGCCAACAAGUUAAAGGAUGUGUUGAAGAGAUACGUGGACAUCAUAGAGAAGACAUCCUACCUCAUGCCACCCGACGUGUACAGGCUGAUAGAUAAAGAAGCCAUGGCCAUGAACCAGGCUCUCCUGAGCAAUCAGAGGGCCAUCGUUCAGCUGUUUGUCAACCUGACUGAGGCCACCCUGCAGCAGGAACGUGACAGCCACCACCGCUGGCAGGGCCUGGUGAAUGCCUGGAAGAUUCUCAAGAAAGAGUCCCUGAAGCAGAGCUUCAGUGAGUUCAUGGCUAGCGAGGAUAUCCAGACGCCUCCGAUCAUACAGAAGGAGUUGGAGGAAAUGCUGAAGAACCAGCACAUCCUGCAGCGAGCACGGUUGGAUCACCUCUACACCAUCUGUGACCUCCUGCCUCCCAAUUACAGCAAAACCCAGCUGACAGAGUGGUACAAUUCUCUCACCUCCCUCAACAAGCAGCUGGACAACUACCAUAUGGAGUGCAUGAUGCUCAUCCACUUCCUGUAUGAGAAGAUCUGGCAAGAAUGUCUAUUGCGAGUGCAGGAUUGCAAGAACCAGCUGCUGGACUGGAAGGCCUUCUCUGAGGCCGAGGCAGAGAGCCUGGUGAACCCAACCUUCUUCCAGAUGGUGGGCGCAUUCCAGAGCAAAGUGGAGAAGGAACUGGAGAUCCUGGAUAGCAACUUUGAGGUGUUGGCCAAGCAGAUGGAAUGGCAGAGCUCAGACCUCUUCAGGUACUUCCAGGAGGCUGUGAAUCUGUGGGAGGGACACCAGAACGUGCUGUUGGUACAGGAGAUGGACCUGGAGAAGAGGAUCCAGCAGCACCGGCAGAAGCACAACCUGGAGAACCAGGACCAGGAGGUCCAACUCGACAAGCUCCUAGACCAACUGAGGCAGCAAAGUCAAGAAGAGACGCUGAAGACACAUUUGGAAAAGGCCAAGAAUUUCCUGAAAAGCAUGAAAUCCAGGUAUGAGUGUUUUCACACCCUUCUGACCAAGGAAGUGAUGGAGUACCCAGGGAUCAUUCUGAAAGAACUCAACUGCUACAGCUUCACCCUCAGUCGACAUUUUUUCAUCCGUGAAAUCUUUGAACAGAACUUAUCCGGGGAAGUGAUUUUCAAAUUCAGGCAACCAGAAGCGCAUGAAAAGCGCUUCCUGGAAAGGAUGAAGAAACGGAAGAAAAAGAAAAGGGCAAGAGUGGAAAUAAGCCAGGUUGAAGAAAGCGUAAGUCAAGAGACAAGCUCUGAGAUGCCAGCAGAAGAGACCGAAGAAGAAAAAUGUCAAGGAACAGAGUUCUCUGUGACUGAAGAGGUACUGAGUGAGGGGGGCAAGUCCCCACAGAGUAACCAGAUGGAUGAACCCAGAGUCUACUUUCUUCAAGAAUCAGAAGAAAUGCAGGGUGACAGAGAGAAUUUCUCAGAAACUUCCCAGGACCCAGAAAAUGUGAAGGUUCAAGAAAUGAAGGAGGAGGAGGAGGUAGAAGAGGAGGAGAAAGAUGAGGAUGAGGAUGAGGAGGACAAGAAGGAGAAAGAGGAGGAGGAGAAGGAGGAGAAGGAAGGAGAGAAGGAAGAGGAGGAGAAAGAGGAGGAACAGGAGGAACAGGAGGAGGAAGAGGAAGAGGAGGAAAUGAAUGAGGAUGACAAGGAUGAAGACCAAGAGGCCUUUUUUAUGGGUCAGGCUGAAGGCAGGGAAGAGAGCCUGGAGGAGACGUCCAAUGAAGAAAUGGAGUUCUUCACAACCACAAGUGGAAACACUUACUUUGCCUUCCUUUCCCUGGAAGAGGAACAGAAGAUGCACAGAAGGCCCCACUUGCACUUUGCUGUGCUCCUCCAUGACCCUUUCAGUGCCAAGUACAUAGAACAAGUGAUUAUUCCUCAGAAGCUCAUCUUAAAGGUUAAGAAACAACUUCGAGCCGGCUUUUUUGAACACCUUGAGAAGUGGUUUGACCAAUGUACCCUCAAUGCCCGGGUCAUUGUGGCUGCCAAGGUUGAUGAGCUGGAUUCAGAAUUGGAGCUGCGUCUACAUCUGCAUCAGCCAAGAUUCCAGCAUGUGGAGAAAGAUGUCUACAAUGUCAGAGCAGCUGAGCUCCUGCUUCACCAAGAGAGGUUGGACAGUCACUGCGCUGGAGUGAUGGAGACACUGACAAAGGAGAGACUGAUGUUCUGCCAGUUCCAAGAAGAACAAGCAAUAAGGAGCAAAAACUUCCGCCGCAAGAUCUAUGACAUGGAGCACACCUUCUUGAAUGCCACCAAGAGCCAAAAGCUGACGAGUCUCACCAAGACACUACACCGGGAGCUGCUAAGCUAUGUGGAUGUUAUCCAGGUGUCCCUGCGAAGCUUCCGGCAGUACCUGGAGGAAAGUCUGGGCAAACUCCGCUACACCAACAUUGACUUUGUUAAACACUGCAGAUUGUUUUCAGAGGGUGGCAACUUUUCCCCUGAAGAAAUCAAGUCACUGUGUCAUAGGCUGGAGAAGGAGGCUACCCAGAUAGAGUUCGUUGAAAGUUUGAUCAUGAUCAAUAUGGAAAAGAUGGAGACAGAGUACAUGGACGAGGCCAAUGAUGUCAUCAACAAAUUUGAGAGUAAAUUCCAUAACCUGUCUUCAGACCUCAUUUUCAUAGAGAAAACCCAACGGCUGAUGACAAAUCUGCAAGUGAAUAUCAAGUGUCAGGUGGCAAAGUCCAAUUUGCAAACAGAUGGAUUAAAUUCUUCUCUGGAGCAGCUUCAGUGCAAGAUGGCAAUGUGUCGAGACCGACGGGGAGAUAAAGCAAUGGUGACCACAGAUGAUCUCCUUGCUUCUGUCCAAACUUGGAAAGAAAAACUGAACCAGAGGAUUAGGUACCUCAACUGCAGCCUGGAUGUGAUAUCCGUUACUCAAGAGGUCAUUAAGGACACUGUUGUGACUGAUAUGAAAGUGGAGAGUGACAUCCAUGUGUCUUCAGAGGCCCUCGAGGAGGAGAACAAGGUGGGUGUGGUCACCCCUGAGUCCUUUGCCCAGCCCAGCCGCAUGGGGAAGCCCAUGAUUGAAGACCCUGUCGUGGAGGUGGUCAAGAAGAUCCUGCAACUUCCUCAGAUAAAACCAGGGUACCCGUGUGAUAAAGAUCACUCUCAGACAGCCUUGAAACGACAUCGAUGCCGAGAAGAAAAAUCUAUGAAGAAGCCCUUGGCCAGCUCCAGUGCCACCUCAGCUGGGAGCAUGUCACGGCAGCCCAAGCUUAUCAGAGUCAACAGGAAGUACCAAGUGCUCGGGGAAAGGCCUCCUCCUCUGGCUGAGGACUUUAAAGGCAUCAUCCAGACCCUCCUCUGGGACAGCAAUGAGCACCUGCUGAUCAUGGUGGAGGAAUUUUACCAAAAAGAGAAGCACCCAGUCACCAGGCCUGAAUGCAUGUAUGAAAGCUUUGACCAGUGUGCUGAGCACAUCAGUAAGAAGAUCCUAGAGUACCAGAACCAGACGGAUGAGUACCACAACUCCUGCCUCCUGGAAUUACGAACCCAGGUGAGGAGAUUUGAGGAGCUGCUGCCCCGGGUGUGUUGGCUGGUUACAGAGAAUUUUAAGGAACAGCACUGGAACAAGUUCUGCUCCUCCAUGAAGGAGAUUCGGGAGCAGUUUGAGAAGCAACGGAAGCAGCUUGAGAAAAAGAAGGAUGACAAUGCCCAGAAGCUCCAUCCAAAUCUUGGCCACCCAACAUAUGCCCAACAAAUGGAGUCGUUACACACAGUGGAGGAGCUGAGGCAGGAGGAGCUCGACCGUGUGAUACACAUGAACAAGGAGAAGAUGGAGGAAUUUGCCAAGAAAUAUAGCCACUUUUUCAUUGCCAGCUUGGCCGCCUUCACAGAGAAGUUCUUGUUGCAACUGGAUGAAGUAGUCACCAUUGAUGAUAUCCAGGUUCCACGGAUGGAGCCCCCAAAGCAGAAAACAUCAGUUCUCAUACGGAAGAAACUGGCCAGGCUCUCUCUGGAAGAAGAGACUGAGAAGCCCCUGAUUGAACGUGGGAGCAGGAAGUGGCCAGGAAUCAAGCCCAACGAAAUCACCAUGCAAACCAAGAUUCUGACAGAGAGGACAGCCUCAAUAACCACCUCUAAGACCACCCUGGGCCACCUGGCCACUGUGGAAGCCCGAGAUGCUGUGUACCUGAAAUACUUGAUUCUGUUUGACAAAGAGCUGAAGAAGAUCCAGGAUGACUUCAGAACACUGGAGAUGGAGGCUCAGCUCUGGAAGGACAGCUGGAAGCGCUCCCUGGACACUAUCCAGGGCCUGUACUUGUGCCAUCCUCCUCCCAACCUCAAAUAA